CCCUCCCCGCCCUCUCCCCGCCAGCUCCUUCUCUUAGCCUUCCGCCCGGACUUUCCCCUCAGCGUUCCCUUAGCCCUCCCUCAGCCUUCCCGCCAUUUUCUGAGCCACUCCCUCUUCUCGUCUCCGUGCAGGGGCUGAGGCGGAGCGCUGCGAAGAACUUUUAAGGUUUGAAGACAAGAUUCUGCUUGCUGCUGAAGUAGAAAAAAACAUGAGCAAGAUCUUGAUGUGCAGUGAAGUACCACUCUAGUUUUGGUUUUAGGGCAAGCUGAAAGCUCCUGGCAUUUUGAAAGAGUUAAAAUGAUUGUGAGUGGCUGAUUUAUUUUUUUAAUGUAAUGUGAGGAAAAUUACUCAGUAUUUACAUCAUUUGUUUUCUCCUUAAUUCAUAUAAAUCUAGUAUAUUCAAAUAGACUACUGUCAUUAAUUAAAGACAUAAGUUCUUUGCCAAGGCCAUGGGUUUAAUUGAAGUAAUAAUAUGUCCUGAUUUGAUGGACAACAUAGAUGAUGAUAUUCCUGAAAUAAAAAACGAUUUCUAGUCUUUGAAUAGCCACUCAAAUCCAUAACACCAUUCAUUUUCUUUUGGUGUGAUCUGCACAGAUUUUUUUAUUUAAAAAGCCCAAAUAUUCCUUUUAAAUGACAAAAAUAUGACAAGAGAAAUAGUACACCAGAUUUAAUUUUUCUAUGUAUUUGGAGCUUUUCUGCUUACUAAUAAAAAACCCCAAUUGAAUCAUGAGCUGUGGGAAAGAUUUUGUGGAAACUCUUAAAAAAAAUGGAUAUCCAGAAGCUGAUUCACUUAAUGGAGAAGAUUUUGAUUGGCUUUUUGAGUCUUUGGAAACCCGAGCCCUUCUGGAGUGGUUUUGUGGCAAUGUAGAUGAGCAGCAUGUGCUCUCUGAAAAAGAACUGCAAGAUUUUGAUAAACUUUUGGAGUCUGGGAAGCCCAUUUUAGAAGGAAAUGCACUGGAUGAAGUCCUUCAAACUUUGAAGCCUGUGGAUUCAAAGAAGAGUAGCCAGGAGGAGGAAGAAGAAGAGGAGGAGCGGAAGAAAUUAGAAGAUGAGCUUCAAACUCUUCAGAAGUUGGAAAACCUUCAAGUGUAUCGGCGUAAUAAGCUUCAAGUGAUGAGUUCUGAAAACACCCAUUUGUUACAAACAUUAAAAAGCAAAGAGCAGGAAGUACAUAAAGAUUUGAAAGAAGCACUGGAAAUGUUUACUGCAGCAAAUAAUAAACUUAAUAGUGAGCUCCUGUUGCUUGUGGAAGCAGCUAAGAAAUUUACCUCUUUCUUCACUGCUCCAGAUGCAGAACAAGGAUCAGAUCCACAUCCGGUAUUUUAUUCCCAACUUUCUUUGGACAAGUAUUUGGCUCAGGAAGAACAAAGCACUGCAGCAGUCACUUCCCAUGUAAAAAAACAUUUUUCUCAAGGUGUGUCUGAACGGCUUGAAAAUUCCCCCAAAGGCAGCUUCCAGCCUGCAGAUCUAAGCGACCAAGUCACUUGUGAUUAUGCUGAUGAAGUUUGUGAAGAGAGGCAAGAGAUAGCGAGGCUUCAGACAGCAUAUAUCUGUGCUCAACAUCAGCUGAUCCAGAUGCAAGCUGAAGAGGAGAGCAGGAAGUCAGCUAUCAAAUGUGCAGAGGACAUGCUGCAGGCCUUAAAUAAGGAUCCUAGGAAAUGGGAGAACCUGGAUGCCAAAAUACGGAGUUUAAAUGAUGAAAUAUCAACAAUUAAAGAAGACAUUGCUCGGAUAAACAGCAAGGAGCUGCUUCCCCUUCUGAAAGAGAAGGCCCAGCUUUUGUGUGCACCGGUGGUGAAAGCGUGCUUGGAUCGUCAGAUUGCUCAGCAGGAGCGUUAUGCUUCAAGACAGGAUGCAGUAUGCAGGCAUUUGAUCAGACAGAAAGCAUCAUUUGAACUUCUUGAGCUGGCCUAUGGAAUGGAGAUGAAGAAAAUUAAGAAGAUCUACUCUCACCUAGAGGGUUUGGUGGAAGCUCUGAAACAGAGCAGCAGUGAGUUGGAGCAGAGACUGCAGGUGAUAACUGAGAGAGCUCAGCGUGCAGAGCCGAGGAACAUCAUCAGUUCAGAAGAUGAGUUCCAUUGCAGGCUGUAUCAAGCUCUGGAAGGAGACAGUGAAAAGCCACAGUUGUUUAGAACUUAUGCAAACCUGGAGCAGAUGGCUCGGAAGUUAAAGCGGGACUGUGCUAUUGCCCAGGAUCAGCUAGCAGCAUCUUCCCAAGAGCAGGCUCUCAAGUUGUCCAAGCUAGAAGAGGAAGUGGAUGCUCUUUGGGAUGCUCUGUAUCAUGGAAGGAAUCAGCUGCAACUCAGAAGCCCGGAACUUAAUGAGCAAUUUCAUCAACUGGAAGCUGAUUUAAAGAAACUAAAUGAACUCCUUGAGAAUCUGAUUGCUGAUGUGAAGUCCAAGAAAAACUUUCUGGACUCCAACAAGCUCCAUCAGAUGCAACGAGAGUUGUAUGUGUAUUUUUUCACAGAUGAAGAGCGCCUGAAAGAGAUGGUGGAGCAGCUUGAGCAGCAGUCUCAGGCAAAAACCAGUGGUUUGGAAGAUCAGAACCUCACCACCAGUGAAGUUGUUAAAGAUAAUACUUCAGUGUGCUCUUAAAGGAGACCACACUGAUGUAAACUGUCUGCAAGUUUAUGGAAUGACUGCCAUUAGCUUACCAAGGCUAACAUCUGUCAAUGCAAUGCAUAUUGAACUGGCAGUUACCAGCCUUGGUUUGUGUGCUGCUUUAUGCCUUUUGACAUCUGCCUGCUGAUUCCAAAUCUCAGUUUUAUCAGUUCUUUGCUUUAAAGUAAUCUGUUGCUUAUUGGAGUGAAUUACAUUCAGACUGCGCUCUGCUAGGUUGUGUGUUGAUUUCUGCUGCACAGAGCAUAGCACAAAAAAGAACAUUUCACACUCUUGGGUUAAGUUUUCUUGCACGCUAAGAACCUUUGAUAUGUGAACUGGAAAAUAAAGCAGAGAAGGCAUUCCAGAUUUUGGAACAUGAGGGGAUGUGCUCUUUCUGAAGAGAGGAGUUCUGCAAGACUGAUCUUCUUUUAUUGUUUUCUUUCCAGUUCUCCUAAGAAGACUUGGCUUUGUUAGAAAUGUGUUGGAAUCUGUACCAGAAUCUGUUUCAAUUACCAAGACCAUCUGGUUUAAGACCAUUCUGAUAUCUCUUAAUGUAACUUGUGGCCUACCUUCUCCACUGAAGCCAUCCUCAUGUUGGCUUCUGCACAGGGGAACAAGAAUUAAAUUCACCUUUUGGACUCCUGAUUUGCUCUGUAAUUGAUGGUGAUAAGCAUUUCAGUUUCAUACUGCUCAUUGCUUGGGCUUUGUUAGGCUGCCAGUCCCUUUUUUCUGUAGCUUUCCAAUGUACCAAUGGUCCUAAAGAGGUUUUUACAGUAUGAGAACUGCCAGUCUUUUGUGCUCUGGGGAUCAGCUGUUCUUGCUUUCAGGCAUUGUAUAUAUUGGUGAAGUUACUAUGUUAGCUUUAACUUUGAUAACUCGUCUGAAAACUAUUUUGGUAGCAGACUUUUAAGUUUUAUGGGACUAUAAUUUAUUUUUAGAUAUUAAAUUAACUUACUGGUUGGCUGUAACUCUAUACUUAACUCUAUAUACUGUGUUUGUUAUUAAAUGCCAAACUCCCA